AUGAAAACACCAGAAGACUAUGCGCCGGACGGGGCCAGCAGAAGCGGUGCAAAUGGUGUCGCAUCUUCACAAAAACGGCGACCGCCGAAACUCCGACCACCCAGGUCCGCGAAGCUGCCGACCUCCUCUGAUGAACAAAGUGAAAGAAGCCAGCGGCAACGAAAUGUGGUUCCAGACAGAAUAGCGUCCAACUCUUCCUCGGGUCUCCCGAACGGUGCCCAAGAUCAAAAUCAGGAUCGCCCGAGCCGCGAACAAACACCCGAGCAACAACAGACAUCACUACAGCCCGCGGUACAUCAUCAACGCACGACGGUCCGCCGAGAGUCAAAACAAUCGGCCGAGCCAGAUCAAGUUCAAAUGCUCGAACGCGAAGAAAGAUUACCAGAGAAUCAUGAUGCGCCGAUCCGAGAGAGACGUGUGCAACAGAUGCUAAGUCCUGAAGUUCAAAACCAAGAGAUUGUUCCAGCUCAAAACAGACAAACAGAGCAGUCAAGAGAGAUUCUUCCAAAUGGAACCGGUGAAAAUGCCGGUCAAGUGAUAGAGACAACUGAAGCAGUGACAAAUGAAAAGGGCAACAACGGUCAGUUGAAAUUGAGGUUGGAUCUAAAUCUUGACGUCGAGAUCGAAUUGAAAGCCAAGAUCCGCGGAGAUGUGACCCUGCAACUAUUCGAUAUGGCAUCGAUGUAA